CCCAGCAGGAAGGGUUCGCUUCCGGGUGCCGCUGGCUGAGGGGGCAAAGCGGCGGCGGCGGCACUCGGGGCAGGGCCGAGCUCCCUCCGGCGGGCCCGCCAUGUGAAGAGACCCCGACGCCCCUCAGGUUAUACCUUGGGCCAGGAGACAUGGACAGCAGCAGCUUCAUCCAGUUCGACGUUCCCGAGUACAGCAGCAGCGUCCUGAGCCAGCUGAACGAACUCCGCCUGCAGGGCAAGCUUUGCGACAUCGUCGUGCACAUCCAGGGCCAGCCCUUCCGAGCUCACAAAGCCGUCCUCGCCGCCAGCUCUCCCUACUUCCGCGACCAUUCGGCGUUGAACACCAUGAGCGGCUUGUCAAUCUCCGUCAUUAAAAACCCCGGCGUCUUCGAGCAGCUGCUUUCUUUUUGCUACACUGGAAGGAUGUCUCUGCAGCUGAAGGAUGUGGUCAGCUUCCUCACUGCAGCCAGCUUCCUCCAGAUGCAAUGCGUCAUCGACAAGUGCACCCAGAUCCUGGAAAGCAUCCAUUCAAAAAUCAGCGUCGGGGAAGUCGACUCGGUGACAAUCGGCGGUGAAGACCCCCUGGAGAACCACAACGGCCUGAAGGAGAGCGGCUACUUCGCCAACCCCAUUGAGAUUUCCCCUCCUCCCUACUGCGUUCAGGGCCGCCCGCCGACUUCAGGGAACGAUCUCCGAAUGGAAACGACGCCGACCAAUGCGCUCCGCGGCCGCCUGCAAGAAGAAGGCCACUCGGACCGGGGUAGCAGCGGUAGCGUUUCGGAGUACGAGAUUCAAGUCGAAGGAGACCCCGAGCAAGCGGAGCUGAUCAUUCGAGAGAGCCAGGCUGCCGAGGUGAAAGUCAAAAUGGAAAAAAAUGACCGGCCCAGCUGCUCAGAUAGCUCCUCGCUUGGUGACGACGGAUACCACACGGAAAUGGUGGACGGAGAACAAGUGGUGGCCGUUAAUGUCGGAUCCUACGGCUCUGUCUUGCAAAACGCUUUUUCCUAUUCCCAGGGAGCCUCGCAGUCGGCUAACGUCUCCGAAUCCUUCAGCAGCCUGAGGAGCUCCGGCAGUUCGAGGUCCAUGCUCGGCUCCUACCGAGGCCGUGGGCGCCAAAAGCGGGUCUCUGCCAGCCACUUGCACAGCGACGUUUCCAGCCUGGUGUCGGGAGCCGACAGCGAGCCAUCCGCCCAUCCAGCAGGCUACGAGAGCAGCCCGCGGGAGAGGAAUUCCAGAGGCCACUGGUAUGCCUACAGCGAACGGUUGAUCUGCAUCUACUGCGGCAAGUCCUUCAACCAGAAGGGCAGCCUCGAUCGGCACAUGAGGCUGCACAUGGGCAUCACGCCCUUUGUGUGCAAGUACUGCGGGAAGAAGUACACCCGCAAGGAUCAGCUCGAGUAUCACAUCCGCGGCCACACCGACGACAAGCCGUUCCGCUGUGAAGUCUGCGGGAAGUGUUUCCCUUUCCAAGGGACCUUGAACCAGCAUUUACGGAAGAAUCAUCCCGGCGUGGCCGAAAUCCGAAGCCGGGUGGAAUCGCCCGAAAGAACAGAAGUCUAUAUGGAACAGAGGGACGACGAUGCUUCCGCUCCCGAGACUCUGGAUUAUACCAUGGAUGUGCACACCCCCGAUUAAAAACAGCCGAGGCUGUUCCUCUCGCCACGCAGCUGGAGCAAAGCACACGUUCCUUCUUCGUUUCUUCGGUCGGUUUCACGAGAGUUAUAAUUGCGAUAUUUCCCCCUCCCCCCCAAAAUUUUAGCCGUUCUUGCGGGCGUGUUUCCAAAAUGAAAAGCUGCUUGUUUUGUUUGCAAAGAAGCAGGGUGAGUUCUAUUCCCCAAAAACCAUCCAAGGAAAUGAUGUGCUCGCCGGUGGGGACGAGCUUUUGUUAGAUGUGAUGACAACAGGGGAUAGUGCAGGCUGGUUCACCAACCCAACACCUCACGUUGUGUUGCGGGGAGCCGGCGAGCAGGCAGACGUCCUCAGAUGCGAGUCUCAUUGCAGUCAAUAGGACUUAAUUUCAAUUUGAUCGAAGUGGCAUAGCUCAAAAGCUAUAAAUAUGCCUCCCAGCUGUGCUCGUUUUAUUUUGUCAUAUGACAACAGUGGGUUCAAGAAGGGUUUUUUUUUGUUUCUUUUCUUUGUGGAAUAACUAUUUCGAUAGCUUUGAAUUUUAUAUAAUAUAUAUACAUAUAUAUAUAUAAACACUUAUAAAAGGUUAGGGUUUUUUUUUCCUCUUCUGGUUGGUGAGGGGUGAAUGUAGAAUAUCUUAAAUAAAUUUUAAAAAGAACCCUGUUGAUAAGGCUUUCAAAUUUAUAAGCCUGGUUUUUCCCUUUGUGCAAAUAGGAUAUCCAGAAACAAGCAAAGUGCAACUUUUUCUUUUACUGUAACUUUGCUUUAUAGCGUAUAAAAACCAAAUGCCAUAAAUGUAUUAAUUUGGGGUUUUUUUUGUCUAGAAUCCAAACUGGGCAACUUUGGUGCUGACCUCCCCUCUUUUUUAUAGGAACAAACAAUGUAUUGUUAUAUUAGCCAACGCAGAAUAUAGGAUUGUGGUUUUAACUAUUUUUUACUCUGCUCAGAAUCUACCUUCAUUUCGUACUGUAAAAAGGCAGACCGGGUUAAAUCAUGUUUUACAUUCAUCGCUCUGGAUAGUUAACAGUCAGCUUAACAGUGGAUUUUUUUUUAAAAAGGUUGUUGUAUUUGAAUCUACAAUAUUUCAGUGCAGUAUUUGUAAUGGACCUCUUCAGGUACACUUUAACUUCAUACUCUACGUGUUUUCAAAUGAAACCGUUGAUUUUUAAAAAACUUUUUGUAAUGAUGUUAUAUGGGAAACUAUGAGCAAUAUAUAUCCUAUUGUAUUAGAGAGGCUUCUUUUAGCUUCUCCAUAACAGUGGCUAAAUCAGUAUUUUUCACAGAGAGCCAAUAACAAAUAUCCUCUUUUCUCUGCUUUUCAGACGUUUGAUAACUUUCAAAAGUGGUGCUAACUUCUCCUCCUCCUUACUCUACAGCAUUAGAAAAUGUGAAACUUAAAACUUAAAAAAAAAAAGGACUUUUUACUUUUCCGCUUAGAUUUUGCUUUCCCAGAAACAGACCUCAAAGAGUAUAAGCUGGCAAACUUGACUGUAUUAAAGGGAGGGAAAAAAGAGAAUUCUACACAGUGGGGGAAAUGACAGAUUUUGUUCAAGUAUGUUGUUGCUUUGACGUGUGGUGGGAUGGGCCGCUUUUUGAUCGGUGCCCGGGAAACGUGAGUGUCCCAAAUUACUCUCCUUGCUGGAUUUAUUAGUGGCUGUUUUGAUUUCU